AUGGAGCACUCAACRGCAAUUCUCGAAGAUGCCAACCGGACUAUUGAAAGUGCUGCCAAGUCUGGCGAGGCAGCUUCCGGCGAGUCCAGCCGCAAGGAACCUCAUCAUAAGAAGAGUGAGCAGCGUGACAACCAAGACGACCGUCGCAAGCGCAAGGGCAACUUCAAGGAUGACACCAUACGUCAUGGGAGUGGAGGCGGACGUAACAACAAUAAGCGGCAUAAGAAAGGCGAUAUGGGAAGAGGGGAGUACUUCGCCUCCAACCCAGAUAGACGCCAAAAGAAUGAGGAUGCCCAAGAGAAACGGAUCAGAGAUGGCGCUGUAGGGCAGGGAGUCGUCUUCUCAAAGGAAGAGAUUGAUGCGGAACAGCGCAGACCUAAGCACAAGGUCGCCGUGCUGAUCGGAUACUCCGGCACGGGUUACAAGGGUAUGCAGAUUUCGGGAACUGAAAAGACGAUCGAAGGAGACCUAUUUCGAGCCUUUGUCCAGGCUGGCGCGAUCAGCAAGGCGAAUGCAGAGGAUCCGAAGAAAAGCAGUUUCKUACGAUGUGCACGUACCGACAAGGGCGUGCACGCAGCUGGAAACAUGAUUAGUCUGAAAUUGAUCAUAGAGGAUCCGGACAUUGUGGAAAAGAUUAACGCGGAGCUGAGCCCACAGAUUCGGGUGUGGGGAAUUGAGAGGACGAUCGGCAGCUUCUCAUGCUAUCAAGCAUGUGACAGUCGCUGGUACGAGUAUCUCAUUCCGUCGCAUGCUUUCCUUCCACCCCACCCAAGUAGUUGGUUGGCAAAGCAGUUGGAGGCACUAGCGGACGAGGCUGGUGAUCGGGAGGGCUACGAGAAGCGGCAAGAGGAAGUAAAAGGCUUCUGGGAGGAUGUCGACGCCAAGGAGAUCAAGGAGAUUCUGCAGACGAUCGACGAGGACAUUCGUUGGGACGUGGUCAAGGCUCUGCAGGGAGAGGAAGAAGCGAGCGCGAAAGCGACCAAAAUGGAGCCAGAUGGCGGCCAGGCAGUAAAAGUUGGCAAGAGUGUCAAGCCGGAGUCGCAGGAAGUGCAACCAGAGARAACUGAGGAGGCCGCGAUAAUUAUCAACGAGCCGGACGUCGCUGGAAAGGAAGAUGAAGCUGCUGUGAAGAAAGAAGACAACACAGCAGUCCCUUCGAGCGGCGCAGACGCAAAAACCGCCAAUUCGUCGACCAUGACAGAGGCUGAGAUUGAGCGCCUUCAACGCCUCCGCGCUGCAACCAAGCUCCUCCGUAACGCCUACAUUUCCGCCAAGCGCAAGUACCGCAUUCCCAUGGCCAGGAUAGAUCGCAUCCAGGCCGCCCUAGCCAAAUAUGUGGGAACCAGGAAUUACCACAACUAUACGAUCCAGAAGACGUUCAAGGACCCAAGCGUCAAGCGACACAUCAAGUCUUUUGUCGUGAAUCGCAAGCCGAUCCUGAUCGGUGAUGGCGAGGAUAAGACAGAAUGGUUGAGUUUGAAAGUCCAUGGUCAGAGCUUUAUGAUGCACCAGAUCCGGAAGAUGGUGGGCAUGGUCACUCUCAUUGUGAGAUCAGGAGCUUCAGUACAGACGAUGGAGGAUUCUUUCACAGCUGCACGGUACUCCAUCCCGAAGGUACCCGGUCUUGGACUGCUGCUCGAACGCCCAGUUUUCGAGACGUACAACAAUCUGCAAGCUGCUAAGCAUGGAAGAGAGCCUUUGAAGUUCAGCAAGUAUGAAAAGGAGCUGGAGGCCUUCAAGGAGAGGGAGAUUUAUCAACGAAUCUUCAGGGAGGAAGAAGAGAGGAACGAGUUCGGGAGGUUUUUCAAUCACGUGGACAACUUCCGCGAGCAGUACUUCUUGUUCGUCACGUCAAAGGGAUUGGAGGCUACGAAGGGAGCCGUGAGGAAGCCUUUGGUUGAGAGUGAGGAUGAGCAAAGUGGUGGGGAGAAUUAA